AUGGCCACUGCCGCCCCUACGAUCACUAUUACAGCGCCUGAUGGCACCCAAGUUCCAGUGCUUGUGUUCGCUGCCCCUACUACGGUAGAUGAGGCUAUUCCCGCUGCAGAGUUCUUCUCCCAGCAGUUGUCUGCGCCUGCUUCUGAGCCCAGCUCACCUACAAUCCCUUCCUUCG